GUGUAGAAGUGCGUAUCAGCUGUUACUCACGCUGUUGAUUCCCAGAGGACUGUGCUGCAUGUUACUCUGAAGAUGGAGCAUGGACGUUCCUCCUGCCACACUCAUGCUACUCAGCUGUGCUGCUGCAGCUGGUCCUGAGCGCUCAUGCUGAACUCGGCCUGGCUCGAGCGGAGCUGCUGCAGACGAGGGACAUCCACCGAGGUCAACCAGGUCAGAGACUGGAGGUCACCAGGGUCCAGCUUACACAGUUCAGAUACAUCUGAGAAAGGAAAAGGUAAAGCACGUCAGUUGGACCUGGAGAGGGCGCUGACCGCCAGAGACAGAGUCGGCGUCCAGGACAUGGUGCUACUCGAUGCCCACAACAGCGAGACAGCCUUUCUGGACAACCUGAAGAAACGCUUCUCAGAGGACUUGAUCUACACUUACAUUGGAACCCUUCUAAUCUCAGUCAACCCAUAUAAAGAGCUGGACAUCUACAGCAAGAAGCACAUGGACCUUUAUAUGGUGGUCAACUUUUACGAGCUUCCGCCUCACAUCUACGCCCUGGCGGAUAACGCCUACCAGACCAUGCUGGCGGAGGCCAAUAACCACUUCAUUCUGAUCUCUGGAGAGAGCGGGGCUGGUAAAACCGAAGCCACUAAGAAGAUCCUGCAGUAUUACGCCGUUAACUGCCCCAGUAGCUCCCUGCUCAACUCGGUCCGGGACCAAAUGCUCAUGUCGAAUCCCAUCCUGGAGGCUUUUGGGAAUGCCAAAACACUGAAGAAUGACAACUCCAGUCGCUUUGGAAAGUACAUGGACAUUCAGUUCGACUGCCAGGGAGAUGCAGUUGGAGGUCACAUCCUGAGCUAUCUCCUGGAGAAGUCACGCGUGGUCCAUCAGAACCACGGCGAGAGAAAUUUCCACAUAUUCUACCAGCUACUGGAGGGAGGAGACGACAACCUGCUGAGACAGCUGGGCCUGGAGAGAGACACGCGCCACUACAGCUACCUGCUACAGGGUGAGUGUGCUAAAGUCAGCACCAUCAACGACAGGAACGACUGGAAAUCAGUGAAGAACGCCCUCUCGGUCAUGCACUUUGAUCUCAGCGACAUCCAGCAUCUGUUUGGAAUCAUUGCAAGUGUUCUUCACCUGGGGAACGUCCAGUUUGACAGAGACACCAGGGGCAAUGCUGUUCUUAACUCUAACGCUGAACUGCGCUGGGUCUCAAAGCUGACUGGGGUCCAUGUGCAGGUUCUUACUGAGGCUCUGACCUACAGGAAGAUCGAAGCCAGAGCAGAUGAGGUUCUGUGUCCCUUCACUGUGGAUCAUGCCGUCUACGCCAGAGACGCACUGGCUAAAGCCAUUUAUGGACGCGCCUUCACCUGGCUGGUCAACCGCAUCAACGAGUCCCUCGAGAACCAGGACUCGUCCAGAAAGACGGUUAUUGGUCUGCUUGAUAUUUAUGGAUUUGAGGUCUUCAGUGUGAACAGUUUUGAGCAGUUUUGCAUUAAUUAUUGCAAUGAGAAGCUGCAGCAGCUGUUUAUCCAGCUGACACUGAAAGCUGAACAGGAGGAGUAUGAAGCUGAGGGCAUCGAGUGGGAACCUGUGCAGUUCUUUAAUAACAAGAUCAUCUGUGACAUGGUGGAGGAGAAGCACAGAGGCAUCAUCUCAGUACUGGACGAGGAGUGCUUGAUGCCAGGUGAUGCGACAGAUCUUACCUUUCUCGAAAAGAUGGAGAAGAAAAUGGGAAACCAUCCUCACUUCAUCACACAGAAGUUGGCUGAUAAAAAAACCAGCAGGACUCUGGAGAGAGGCGAUUUCCGUCUGCUUCAUUAUGCCGGUGAGGUGACGUACUGCGUCGUGGGCUUCAUAGACAAGAACAAUGACCUGCUGUACAGACACAUUAAAGAGGUCAUGCGACAGUCGAAGAACUCUAUAAUGCAGCAGUGUUUCUCCUUUGAUGAGGUGGACAGCAGGAGAAGACCCGAGACGGUCGCGACCCAGUUUAAGAACAGUCUACAGGGACUGGCUGAGAUCCUGAUGGCCAAAGAAGCCUGGUACGUUCGCUGCCUAAAAUCCAACGACAACAAGCAGUCAGGAAGGUUUGAUGAUGUAUUGGUGAGGCACCAGGUGAAGUAUUUGGGUCUGAUGGAACACCUGAGAGUCCGGAGGGCCGGCUUUGCAUAUCGGAGGAGAUAUGAGGAAUUUUUAAAGAGGUAUAAACCUCUGUGUCCUGAUACCUGGCCACACUGGAGAGGGGUUCCUUCUGAGGGAGUGGAGAGACUGGUGCAGCACCUGGGCUACCAGCCUGAUGAGUACAAGAUGGGCAGAACUAAAAUCUUCAUCCGCUACGCCAGGACUCUGUUUGCCACCGAGGACGCGUAUGAGCUGUGUAAACACGAGCUGGUCGCAAAGAUCCAAGCCAAGUACAAGGGAUACCGCACUAGAGGAGAGUUCAUUAAACAGAAAGAAGCAGCUACUAAGAUUGAAACAUGCUGGAGAGGAGUUCAGGCUCGGAAAGAGCGAGAGAGACGAGCCUGGGCCGUCAAAAUCAUCAAAAAAUUUAUUAAGGCGUACCUGACACGUGGCGAGGCGAAACCCACUGAUAACUCCGAGUACCUGGCGUUUGUCAGACAGAGCUACCUGAACAGACUGAAGAAUAAUUUACCCAAAACAGUUUUGGAUAAAAGCACAUGGCUCACUCCUCCGUCUGUAAUGAGAGAGGCGUCGGAGAUUCUGCGGCGUCUGCACACGCGCUUGUUAGUGAGGAAGUACGUACGAGGGGUCACGCCUCAGAGGAAAGCGCAGCUGCAGCUGAAGGGGGUCACCAGUGGUAUUUUUAAAGGGAAGAAGGAAAGCUACCCUCAAAGCGUGGCUGUGCCUUUUGUGGACACCAGGAUCAGUGAGCAGGACAUUAAUGAACGUGUCCUCCAGAUAGUAAAACCAGAACGCAUUAAGUACAGUGUUCCUGUGGUCAAAUAUGACCGGAAUGGGUUCAAACCCAGACCCAGGCAGUUAAUUCUCACCCAGGUUGCACUUCACGUUGCAGAAGAUGUCAAGGUCAAACAGAGAGUGGAGUACGUCUCCCUCAAAGGUGUUUCUGUCAGUAACCUGGGAGACACGUUCAUGAUCCUCCACGUGGUGUGUGACGGCCCCAAGCAAAAGGGAGAUCUGAUACUUCAGUGUGAUCACCUCUAUGAAGUUUUGACCAAGCUGAGCGUGCUGGCGAAGAAGCAGAACGCCAUCAAUGUGCUCCAGGCGAGUAUAAAGUUUGAGGUUAAUGGAGGUAAGGAGAACUUUGUGGACUUCAGCACCGGACAGGAAGCCACAGCGUACAAGGAGAAAAAUGGCCAUCUGAUGGUGGUCACACCCAGACUGAGGUCCCGGUGAUGUGAGCAGUGAAGAAGUUCAGCUUCUCCUAAACACACAGUUCAGCCCAUUUGUUCCAUUUGUUCAGGUUUUUAACUGAUUUUAAUUCCCAGUACUCGUAUUUAUUACAUUGAAAUAUAGAUCUGUAGAAAACUUUCACACGACCACAACCUUCUCACUGGUUCAUGAUCAAUCCACAAAUUAUAAUCAUAGGUCUUAAAACUAAUAUCUGGAGAUUCCUGCACCUGUAAC